CAGUGCUAGUACCGUUUGCAGCUUAAGCGCCGCCGCGGCCUGAGGAAUGUCAACUAUUCAACAUGGAGGCGGAGGUCGAUAAGCUGGAACUGAUGUUCCAGAAAGCUGAUUCUGAUCUGGAUUACAUUCAGUACAGGCUGGAAUAUGAAAUCAAGAUUAAUCAUCCUGAUUCAGCAGGCAAGAAAAAUCCAGUUACACUCUUAAAGGAAUUGUCAGCGAUAAAGUCUCGAUAUCAAACUUUGCAUGCACGCUUUAAACCAGUUGCUAUUGAGCAGAAAGAGACUAAAAGUCGCAUUUGUGCUACUUUGAAUAAGACAAUGAUCGUGAUACAAGAACUACAAAAGCAAACAGAUGUGGAGCUGUCGCCACUUACCAAAGAAGAGAUGACUGCUGGAGAACAAUUAAAAUCUCACAUGUCAGACUUAUGAAGAAAUGGAAUUGCAGAAGGGCACUCUAAUGGCAAGAGAUAAAUUCCAAGAAAAUUAGGAGAAUGUAUUAGCACUUGAGAACUAGAUGUGAGAGGAUGAGAAGAUUUGGCUUGGAUAGAUGGAUAGUGAUACUUUUCACAAUAGGGGAAUAUAGGAAAGAUAGAAUAUUAUAUAAGUUUAGUCAAAGGGACUUAUAACAUAUAUGCACAUAUACUUUUAAUAUAUAUAUUUAAUUUUUGGUAAUGAAGUCUGUUAACUGUUUGCACCCAUUUUUGUAAAAUCAAGAUAAUACAGGUGUCCUGGCCUAUCGUAAAAGAAUAUUUAUAUACUGGCAUUAUUAGUCAGACAAAUGUGAAUGAACAUGUUUUGAAAAGUAAAGGACAAAAAAAUUUUUUUGGUUUUUUAAAUUCUUUUUUUUUUAAAGAUUUAUUUAUUUUUAUACAAGAGCUGGGGUACAGGCCAGAGGCACGGGAGGGUGAGAGGAUUGACCAGAGACAGAGCAGGGUGCAGUACAGGCAGAUUGACCAAAGUACACUGCUGAGGGGAGCAGUGGGCAAGGCAGGAGAGGUCUGCCAUGCCAUGUGGGACUCUCCCUGACUGGCCAGGAAUCGAAUCUGCUACGUUGCAGAGGCUGAGGACAGCUUCACAGCACUGCGAUCAACCCGCUGUGCCACUGGGGAGGCCCGGACAAAAAAAUUGUAUUAUGCAUGUAUAAAUGUAUGUAAUUCUAUUUUUGAAAAAUUUGAUUGCAGAUCUGAUUACAUUAUCAGAUACUGCUAAUAUGUGACCUACAGAUUCCCACAAAACCUAACUUUAGUAAUUAGCUUUUCUGUUACAGCCUCUUUAUUUUUUUUUUUUUUCAUAUUCGGCCUGCUAAUUUUCAGCACUAUGAGCUCUACUUUCAAAUGUUCUUUUCGACUGUCCUUAUCAUGUUUUUUUUUUUUUUAAACUAAUUUUAUUUUAUUAUUUUUUUAAGAUUUAUUUAUUUAUACAAGCACUGGGUACAGUCAGAAGCGUGGGUUGGUGAGAGAAUUCACCAGAGCCAGAGCGGGGAACAGAGCAGGCAGAAGGACCGAAGCACACUGCUGAGGGGAGCAGCGGGCGGCAGGAGAGGUCCGCACGCCAUGUGGGACCCUCCUCUGGUGGCCGGGGAGCAGCCGGGGAUCGAACCAGCGCCGAAGAGGCUGCGGGCAGCUUCGCAACCCAGCGCUCAACUGUUGCGCCACCGGGGAGGCCCUGUCCUUAUCAUGUUUUAAUACUAUCUUUGUACUCCUUCAACUAAGAGAUCCUGUUCAUUCUGUAUAAAAUCAGAAGUACACUGGCAACUACAACUUGCCAGUAUUCUUGUAUUUGUGUGUCUGUCUCCUAUUUAAAAAAAAACUAUUGGAAAUAAGGUCAUUGUUCAAGGUAGGGACAAAUUUUAAUACCAAGGUUUUAAGCACAGGGUUAUUUAUAAUAGCAGUAAAAAUACAUGUGGGCGAGACAGGAGAGGUCUGCUCGCCAUUUGGGUUGCUUCGAGGCCGGCGCGGAUGGAACUGGCACUGUAGAGGCUGUGGACAGCUUCACAGCGCUGGGCUCAACGGCCUGCGCCACCAGGGAGGCCUUAGAAUUCUACUUUUAUGUAAUUAAAAUUUUUCUGUUAUACUAACUUGUAAUAGCUGACAAAUAAUGUUGGGUAAAUAGCUUGAGUUACUUUUUAUUCUUUUUUUUUAAGAUUUAUUUAUCCAUUCAUACAAGAGCUGGGAUACAGGCCAGAGAUGUGGGGGGUGAGAGGAUUCACUAGAGACAGAGGGGAACAGAACAGGCAGACUGAUGAAACACACUGCUGAGGGGAGGAGUGGGCGAGUCUUGAGAGGUCUGCUGCGCCAUGUGGUUUGCUCCCUGAUCGGCCGGGGAUCGAACUCUUGCUGCAGUGGCUGUGAAUUGCUUCAUAGUGUGGUGCUUAAUCCCUUGCGCCACCAGGGAGGGUCUAGUUUGAAAAUUUCAUGAACAAAAAGCCCUCUUCUUUUUCAACUACAGAGAAAUAAGUUAUAUCUUACACCAGAUCUUAAUUAUCGUCUGUACUAGGCAAUUAAUAAUGUCAUUGGAUGGCUCUGGGAGGUGAUGUUGAUUGGUGGGAUUGAAAAAUAGUAGUAAGAUGAAGAGGUCAUGAUAGGUUCUUAAUGUUAAAGCAGUUUUCUUUUCAAUUAAGGGAUGAAAAUUAGAUUGUACUUUUUUUCAUUUGUUAAUUUUUCCCACCUACUCCUGCUAAAAUUGUUCUCUAUACACUCAUAGUCAUUUGCUUCUGAUUGCCUCUUUGUGGUGGAUUCCCACAUACAAUUUCUACUAGAUCUAGAUUCAUAUUUCAUAAAAUAAACUCUACCUGAAUACCCAAACAUGUCCAGAAUACUUACUGAUUUUGUUAUUUUGUUAAUGGACACAAUAUUGUUAGCUGCAAUUCAAAGUUUGUACCACUUUCUUAGUCAAUAGAAUCUAAUUUUGCCUCUGAAAUGUUUGUAUUACCCAGUGCUUUAUUUUUACUCUUACUAUUCUAAUUUAGAUAUUUUAUUUCUCAUCUGAACUAUAAUUGUUUUCGCCUAUGUGAUAAUAGUGUUUUUAGGUCUUAAAUUAUCAAUAAUACAGAUUAGUUUAAGUUGUUUAAAAAAUUUGUAUUGUCUUUUUAUUGAGGUAAUGUUGGUUCACACUACUGUUGAUUCACAAUACUUUAGAGUUGCAGGUUCACACUUCUUCAGAUGUAUGUUACCAUACCAUACCUACUAUCAAAAUACCCAUAAUCCUCCACCAUAGUUCAAGGGCCUUCUCUCCCUUAAAUUAAUAUAACUCUUAAUUUUUUAAGAUGUUUUGGGACUUAAAUUUUCACAUAUUGAACGUAAAAUAUUGACAAUGGAUAAACAAUAGGGGAAAAAAAUUCUUCAGCAAAGACCUGGAACUCACGAUUUGACUUGUCAAACACUAAAGAGAACAGUCAAGUGAACAGAGGAUAAGGGAGUUUAACAGAGAUUUUAACAGCAUAACUGAAAACAAACCCAACUAAGCAUCCGGUCAGCCUCUCUUCCACCCACUGAAGGAAAAGUUUAAAUGAACUUCUAAAUCUUGUUUCUCCGGUUAAAAAGGGAGAGGGUAAGAAAGACACAGCUGUUGCAAGGUCAAGCACCCUACGGAUUCCUUCUCUACAUGUUAUCACCAGAACCCUAUUACUAGAAAUAGAAAUGUAUAGAGAUAAAAGCUACAAGGUAUUAAAAACAGACCUUGCUAUAGAAACAGAGGUCACUUGUAUUUCAGUGAGAAUAUAAAGAAAGAUCUACAGGGUCCUCCCUGGUGGUGCAAGGGGUUGAGUCACAGUACUAAGAAGCUAUCAGCAGCCACUAUAGCUCAAGUUUGAUCCCUAGCCAGGGAGCUUACCUACACGGUGCAGCAGACCUUUUCCUGUCUGACCUGCUGCUCCCCUGAGCAGUGUAUUUCAGUCAAUCCACCUGUUCUGUUCCCCACUGUCUCUGGUGAAUCCUCUCACACACCCCCCACCGCCCGCGCAACUCUGGCCCAUACCUCAGUUCUUGUAUGCAUAAAUAAACCUUUAAAAAAAAUAAGAAAGAUCUACAGUUUCCUUUUAGCAUGGAACUCCUAAAAUACAUGAUCACUGUUGAUCUGAAUUAAAGCUGUGGGAGCAAGACCUUACUCUGGUCAUUUUGGAAAGGAUUAAGAUUCAGUGCCUAGAACACCAUCUAUUCACCCUCCAAGCCAUAGAUCCAAGUCUCCAGUGACAAUUAACUGCAUCUUGCAUAACAAAGUCCAUAGGUAUAUCUGAAUACUAAAAUCUAGCUAGAAAAAGCAGUGGCAAAGACAAAAUAAGCUGAAAUUUGUAGAAAGGAAGAUUUUUAAAAAUGUUUCCAGUUCAAGUCAGCAUUAAGGUGGUCACUAAGUCACAGCAUCUUUACAUAGCUAAUAUAACUUCAAGAAAUUAAAAAAUAUAAGUGCUCCUCUAGAAUUAAUGUGCAGAAAGUUUCUUCAGAUGUUUCCACAUGUAUACAAAUAAAACAUUUUUUUAAAGAUUACUUUUUAUUUAUGCAUACAAGAACUGGGGUCUAGGCUAGAGGUGCAGGCAGAUGAGAGGAUUCAUCAGAGAUGGAGUGGGGAGCA